GGUAACAUGGAUGAGCUUGACUUGCUGUUGGAGGAGCUAGCUCUCAGUCCAACUGUUCCAGAAGGCAGUACUACAACUGCUAGUGAGGUGCGAGCUGCAAUCAACAAUGGACCUAGGAAGGGAGCAAACCUAAAGGUUUACAGUGACUCGCCUCCUCCUGUGGAAGCUUCCCAGGAUGAUGAUUCUCCCACCAAAGAGCUGGAUUCCAUUUUAGAAGACCUGAUGAGUCUGGGAUUUCAGGAUGAAGAAUCUUCGCCACUUUUACAAGAGCAGAAGAAAACAAGAGAUGGACAACAGGAGACCAUCAGCAGUUUGGAUUUAGAUGCAAAGGCUUCAGAAGGGAGCAAAGAUGCAGACAGUGUAGACAAUCUUCUUGGAGGGCUGACAACUGACCUGGAAAAGAUCGGCGUCCGCACCACAGCCAAGGGUCACUGUGCCGCCUGUAACAAAGCCAUUGUGGGGAAGAUGAUCACAGCUAUGGGUGAAACGUGGCACUCGGAGCACUUUGUGUGUGAGGUGUGUAAGACAGAGCUGAGCACCACAGGUUACUUUGAGAGGGAAGGACAGCCAUACUGCACAAAGGACUAUCAUCAGCUCUUCUCGCCACGCUGUGCCUACUGCAAAGGGCCUAUUGUACAGAACAUCCUGACAGCUCUGAACCAGACGUGGCAUCCAGACCACUUCUUCUGUACUCACUGUGGAGACUUCUUUGGAGAUGAUGGUUUCCUUGAGAAGGAUGGGAAGCCAUAUUGUUGCAAGGACUUCUACCACCUCUUUGCCCCCAAGUGUGCAGGCUGUGGGGAGUCAGUGAUGGAGAAGUACCUGACUGCAGCUAACGGCACAUGGCAUCCAGAGUGCUUCGUCUGUGCGGACUGUCUGAAGCCCUUCUCCGAUGGCCGCUUCAUGGAGCUGGACGGCCGGACGCUCUGCCAGACGCAUUUCCACUCCCGACAGGGCACUCUGUGCGGCGGCUGCCGUCAGCCCAUCGUGGGCCGCUGUGUCUCGGCUCUGGACAGCAAGUUUCACCCAGAACACUUUGUGUGCGCGUUCUGUCUGAGGCAGCUCAGCCAAGGAAUCUUUAAGGAGCACAGAGGCAAACCGUACUGCUCAGCCUGCCAUAACAAACUCUUUGUGUGACAAGGAAAGAUCUAAAUGGAUCAACGUUAUUACAUAGACUGGACCACAUCCUUUAAUCCAGGGGUGUUCAAAGUUUUUCCAUAGGGGUGCAUAUAGAAAAAAUGAAGAAUACAGGGGGCUACUUUGAUUCAUUUUGUACAUUAAAGUUACUAAAGCAAUGUAGGUCAAUAUAUGACAAGCUAUCUUACCAAAAUAUCAAUAUCUUAGCUUUGUGUUACAGGUGACAAAGCAAAUUAGUGCAAUAAUGAAUUCAUUUUAUUAUAUUUGCUGACGACCAGUCCAGGGUGUACCCCACCUCUCGCCCGAAGUCAACUGGGAUAGGCUCCAGCAUACCCCUGCCACCCUAAUGAGGAUAAGCGGCAUAGAAAACUGAUUGAUGGAUAUUUAUAUGCAGAGGGCAAAUAAAAAAACAAGCUGCGAGGCAAAAAUGAUCCCCGGACCACACUUUGGACACCACUACUUUAAUCAAUAAGUGGGAUGUAUCAUUCAGUCCAAGUACAGGGAUGUAAAUUUAAUCAUGUGCGCAUUUAAUGGCUUGUUGUUGUUAAGUAAAGACCACCAUUGCAUUCAUCCAUUUAUUUUACAAGUUACGGAAUAUCAUAAUAUAUAUAUAUUAUAUAUAUAUAUAUAUAUAUAU